UUAUUCUCUGUAAUUGUGUUCGUACUCGCACCGGUUCACUCCCUCACACUCUCGCUCUUUCCACCAUUUCACACCCGCCCCCCGCUCUCUCCCCGCCAUGACAAGCGUAGCGGGCGACAAUCUCCUCAAUCAGUUGCAAGAAGCCCUAGCGUCAGAUCCAGACAACCCCUCUCACCACUUCAAUCUUGGACUUUUCUUUUGGAAAAAGGGGGAGGAAACAGUCGGAGAGGAAUCGAAGCGGUACAAAGAGAAAUCGGCGGAGCAUUUCGUGGCGUCAGCGAAGCUAAACCCUAGCGAUGGCGCCUCUUUCAGAUUUCUAGGGUAUUAUUAUAGCACGACUUCGGUUGAUGAGCAAAGGGCAGCUAAAUGUUAUCAGAGAGCAGUGAAUCUUAGCCCUGAGGAUUUCGAAGCUGGGGAAGGGUUGUGUGAUUUGUUGGAUGGAAGCGGGAAAGAGAGUCUGGAGAUGGCUGUGUGUAGAGAAGCAUCUGAUAAGUCACCAAGGGCAUUUUGGGCAUUCAGGAGAUUGGGAUACUUGCAGCUUAAUUAA